GCAACACGUAGACAAACUCAUAAUCAUCCCGCGCUUAUUGCUAAGUUUGAAAGAGAGCAAAGCGAAGGUGAAGGCAGCGAACGAUGAUGUCUCAGCCAAUCAUCCUCUCCGACGAGGAAGACCACCUUCUCCUUUCAACCCCAAUCCAAUCCAAGAAACGUCGGACCCAACCCAACCUUAACCCAAUCCCCACCGUCGUCUUCCUCGAAGAUGACCCCACUCCGCAGAAGCCGGGCCCCCCAUUCGUCCCCGAUACGCUGAUCCCCGAUGUUGCAAUCCUCAAAUCCUGUGAUACAGCCUCAUCUGAUUCCCGGGCUAGGGUUUCAAAUUCAAAGCACGAUUCUUCUGGUUUUACAGUCAUCCCCGAGACGCCAAUGUCUGACAUCGCAAUCGUCAAAUGUUUCUCUAGUAGAGCCUCAUCCGAAUGCCAUGCUAAGGUUUCAGAUUCGAAGAACAAGUUUUCUGGAGACUUGACAGUCAUUCCUGACACGCCGAUGUCAGAUAUUGCAGCCAUUAAAUGUUCUUCAUCCGAUCCCAAGACUACGGUGUCCAAUUCGGAGUACAAGUUCUCUGAUUUUGGCAUUAAUCGAUUGAUAUGUUUGGAGUCUGAUAAUGAGUCGGAAGAUGGAUCUGAAAAGGAAAAUUGGAAGGGAGAUGACAUUUUGGAUUCUGGUUUUGAUGCAGUGAAGGAUUUUGAUUGGAAUUCUAGAUUUGUGGGUACACGUACUACUUCUGGCCAUGCUGACGAAACACAAAUUCCUGAAGUCAGGUUUUCCAACCCAGUUCUAUCCCCCUUGCAUGGUGACAUUCCUCAGGUGAGAGUCAGUCCUGGAAAAGAAUAUGUUAGCAAAGACCAGAUGGAUAACAUUGUGCAUAACAAAAGAACAAAAGAUUACACUGAGAAUAAAAAUAGUACAAGUGAAGUAAAGAGAAGAAAAAGGACAGCAGAAGAGGAAAAGGUUCGUUUAAAAGAAGAGAAAAAAUUGAAGAAGCUUCAUGAAAAGACUGAAAAAGCAGCUCUUAAAGCUGAAGUUGUGGAGUUGAAAAAAAUAGAGAAAGAAAGGAAAAAGUGGGAGAAUGGGAAGUUUGCCCUAAAAUCUAUUGUGGCAGAGAUUGAUGCAAAAGUAAUUGAGAUGGGGUCAGUUGGAGGAAGUCUGUUAACAAGGUUUGCCGAAAAGGGGUUUAAAUACCGCAUAACGUCAAAUCCAAUUGAAAGAUCUAUUCUUUGGACUAUGAAAUUGCCAGAACACAUACCUGAGCUUUCUCCUGAAGGAAUAGAGAUUCAAUAUGUAUUACUCGUGUAUGAAGCUGAGGAAUUUUGUAACCUUGUAACAAGUGAAUCAUUUUUGGACCAUGUUUCUGUUGUUCGAAGUCGCUAUCCAUCUCAUACAGUGUGUUACUUGACAAAUAGGUUAAUGUCAUUUAUCAAUAAAAGGGAACAAGAACAAUACAAGAACCCAAUAAAUCGUAAUGGGUGGCGGCGUCCGCCUGUUGAGGAGUGUUUCUUACAGGUACUGGCAAAGCUAACCACCCACUUUGUUAAAGUGCAUUCAAGACAGUGUGUAGACGAGGCUGAGCUAGCUGAACACAUUGUUGGUUUGACAAGCAGUCUGGCCUCUUGCCAAUUUAGAAAGAAGUUAACACGACUGUCUGUAAAUGCGAAUGGUUCCCUUAUCCCUAAGGACUCUGUUGACAGGAAUUUAAUUCAAAAGAACUUGUGGAUGAAAGCUUUGGUAGCUAUUCCUAAGGUACAGCCACGAUUUGCUAUUGCUAUAUGGAAGAAGUAUCCCACCAUGAAAUCUCUUCUGACUGCAUACAUGGACCCAAGUAAAUCUGUGCAUGAAAAGGAGUUUUUGCUCAAGGACUUAACAGUUGAAGGAUUGAUUGGUGAUGACAGAAGAUUAGGUGAGGUCUGUUCAAAGAGAGUGUACAGAAUUCUUAUGGCACAAAGUGGAUCUAUCAAAACUGAUGAUGUAGAGAAUGGUGCUGCUUUUUUUGCACGUCAAUCACCCUAAAAUGUUCAUUCUUCAUUGUAAGUAAUCAAUUUCAAACACAAUUAGUAACCUGUAACUUCUUUUCUCUAAAUUAUUAUUACUGCUAGUAAAACUAUUAUAGGUAGAUAUUAAAUCAUGAAACCCACCAACAUUAAGGGCAUGUUUACUAAUUCACAAGGAAGAGUUAUUGUAAAGGGAAAGUGUUGAAGAGGUUUGGGGGAAGGAGUUAAAAUUAGUCAUACUUUCUCAAUUUAAUUAGUUAUGUAAGUGAUUUGUUAGAAUUUGUGUUUCAAAUGAUGUUCUUCACUGCUGUUAGGUAAGGAGUCUUCCCACUUCACGGUGUGGAUUGGUUUGUUUUGUGCAUAAACAUUAGUACGAUUUGGGCAAGGCUCGACAGAUUUGGUCACUUGAAAUUUUAUAUAAAUAAUACUCAAAUUUUCUUUA